ACAACGCCUGGCACCAGCGGGCCCCUCUCCAGCACGGCCACAGCCGGGACGGACCCUGGGCCGGAGCCCCUCGCCCCGCGGGGUGCGGGGAGCCGGCCCGGCGCUGCCCGAUGCAAGCCUGAGACUGAUAUUUUCUAAAAGUUAAGUGGUCCUACAAGAAUUAGAACUGCAGGAUCAAAGUGUCAGCUGAAAAAGGUUUAACACUUUAUAUUGUCAUUUGUUCCACGGACAGCAGAGGUGAUUCUUGCAGGAGAAAAUGAGCUGUGUGCACUCUCAUCUCAGAGAAAUACGAGUCCUGUUUCUUCUGACUUCUUAUACAACUUGUUUCCAGGUACCUGCUGACACUUUGCUAAGGCUGAAAUUUCGAAGGCACAAAGCAGUUUUUUCUGUCCUGGGUUAUAAGGAGCAUAUUUUACUCGGAAAACAUUGCUGCUAAAAAACUCCACACAGGAGGAGUAAAUCCAGUCAGCUUGUCAGGUCACUGGCUCGGUGUAACGGUGCUUUCAUGAGGUGACAUUGGGCCAAAGUCAACUUUCCUUUCUCCUUUGUAAACCUGCAGCCAAGCAAUGGGCCAGAAAAUCUCAGGGAGCAUAAAGUCUGUGGAUGUGAGGGAGCCCCCUUAUAGGCCCGUGAAGCGAGAGCUGAGAGGCCCGGAUUUCUGCAAGCCCGCGCGCCUGGACAUGCUGCUGGAUAUGCCCCCUGCCAAGCUGGAGGUGCAGUACAAACACGCUUGGAAUAACGAGGAUCGCUCCUUGAAUAUAUUUGUAAAGGAAGACGACAAACUGACUUUCCACAGACACCCGGUGGCCCAGAGCACGGAUUGCAUCCGGGGCAAGGUGGGCUACACGCGGGGCCUGCACGUGUGGCAGAUCCACUGGCCCACGCGGCAGCGCGGCACCCACGCCGUGGUGGGCGUCUCCACGGCCGAGGCGCCGCUGCACUCGGUGGGAUACACGUCCUUGGUUGGCAGCAACAGUGAAUCCUGGGGCUGGGAUCUGGGGCGCAACAAACUCUACCACAACUGUAAAAACCAGCCCGGGGUCACGUACCCUGUCUUUUUGGAACCAGAUGAGUCUUUUGUACUCCCAGACUCCUUGCUGGUGGUUUUGGAUAUGGACGAAGGGACGCUUAGCUUCAUGGUCGACGGACAGUAUCUUGGAGUGGCCUUCAGAGGACUAAAAGGGAAAAAACUUUACCCUAUAGUCAGUGCAGUUUGGGGGCACUGUGAAAUUACAAUGAGAUACAUCAACGGACUUGACCCGGAACCCCUGCCUUUAAUGGACUUGUGCCGAAGAUCAAUUCGUUUUGCUCUUGGCAGAGACCGCCUGCAUGACAUAGAAAUUCUACCUUUGCCUCUGUCUCUGAAAAAUUAUUUACAAUACCAAUAAGACAUCUAGAACCCUCUGGCCUCACAUUGGACUUCAUCAAUGCAAAUGGCAGAAAAUUGUUUACAGCAAAAUAUAAAUCUUUGUGAUGGACACUUAAGUGUUAUUUAAUUUUUAAUAUAUAUAUUUUUUUCUGAACCAGUGAAAGCAGAUCACUGUGGGGGACUACUAAAGAAUGUGAAAACAUUGAUUUGAUUGAGGUUCAUGUGUUACCUGUUGCCUUUUGUGUUUACAGUCCUGAAGGCUAUCAUUCUCAUCUCUCACACACUGAUUGGUUUAUCUUUGUUGCUUCUGGUAAAUGCCAAUAGAAAAUCUGACCUGCAAGAUUCACUGUCCUGCAGACAGAGAUUUUUCAAUAUUAUGAUUCUCAUUUUUCUUUCUCUCUCCUACACUUUACUCCAAUAAAUAAAAAAAAAUUAGCAAAGGAAAAGUCUUGACAGUAACUUUUGAAAAAUAUUUAAACUUUGGUAUGCAGAGUUGUUGAGAGUUCAGUGCCCAACAUAAUUAGGCCUAUAAUGUCUAAAAGCUCUAAUGUUUAAAAAAGCAGAUUAUUUUCUAGAAGAAGAGAAUGUGGUUUUAAAACCUGGGAGGAAACAAACAGUUCAUGUGUCAGAUCAGUUUCUGGACUUGGUAACAGUAAGGUACAGUUUGUUGUUUUCAAGACCAAAUCUAGUCCCUCCAAAGUUCUGCAGUUUAUAACAAAGUGUUCAUUGUCCCAAGAAUUUAGGAUAUUCAUAUUUUAGGAAGCUUGUCACUUUUUUUUUUUUUUUUUUAAACAAAUUUAUAAUUUUUAUGUGGUAUGAACUCUAAGUACUUUGUUUUCUCUUUAAUGUAUGUGUGGUUAUAAUGUUUAUUUAUCUGUUUAGCGUCUGGAGUUCUCAUUUAACUGUUUCCCAUCUAGGGGUGACUGAUUCUGGUUUUUUCCUCAGCUCCAUAUGAAAUGUAUAAAUUUUUCAGUCUCAUCCCAUGUUUUUUAAGAUGCUGCUUUCUGUUUGUGUUUCUUACAUGUUUCAAGUAAUCUGCCUGAAUCAGUUAUCUAGUUUUUAAACUGGAAGUUGUUGUUAGGGCAGAAUGUCAAAUGUUUAGACUGAGCUGCCUUCAGCAUAUUUUAAUGUGAAUUUACUGAUGAAUGAGGAGAAAAUUUCUAAUAAAGUCUACUGUC